UCACAAUAUUCAAAGAGUAUAAGGUUAGAAAUUAGAUGUGAUUGUACAGUGGAUUUCGUAAAAAUGGUUUUGUGAUAAAAUACGGCUAUACAAUUAAUUCAAUAUUAUUAGUUAAUUAAUAAUAACUUUAAUUCAUAUUAAAAUGCUGAAUAUACGAGCUGGAUUUUCCAAGUUUAGGUUAAAUUUUAAACAUGGGAUGCAGUAUUCAAGUUCAAAUACAUCUACUAAUUACCCAGAUUUGAUGUUGCAACCAAAGUUUUCUAAUGCAGAAAAAGAAAAAAUAUUAUCUAUUCUUAAUGGAUCUAACAGUGAUCAACUAAUGUGUUUCAAUAUUGCCCAGAAUAAAAUACGAAAUUUAGAAAACUACAAAAAAAGAAAAGGUCCUUUUAAAUCAUUAGAUGAACUCUUAGACGUUGAUGGGUUAAGUGUAAAGACACUGGAAAAGCUAUGCAAGCAAAUAAUUACCGAUACAGCAGUUCAAAAUGGGAAAUCUGUAAAUAAUGAUAAUAAGAAAAUCAAACAAUUGUUUGUACCUCAGUUACCAUCCUCUGUGAUAGAUACAUUAGGUUCUUCAGUGGGAAUACACUUGGCACCCAUGGGAGUAAGUUGGGCAAAAAUAAUUAACCCCACUAACGAACUCGAAUCUUGGGGAUACCAGGAUUAUGGAAACCUUCCGAAGAAACUGUGUCCAGUAGAUACCUUUAAACUGGCUAUGAGCGUACUGAGCCAAAUUCCGUGUGGUGAUGUUUAUGUUUUUGAAGGAGCUAAUGGUAUGGGAUUACAAGGACAAAAACAACCAGCAACUGUCGCAACUUACACACUACAUUUAGAGUUAUCUUCAAUGUUGUUAGCACUUAUUAACACUAGUAGAGGUCACAACAAAGGUUACCAAGAUGAUCUAACAAAAUAUGAUACACUAUCGAAUUGUGUCUAUUUUUUAAGACCGAAGUUGCCAGCAAGGUUGUUUAAAACAUUAGUCGGGAAUGAGUGCGUUUCAAAUACAACAACAGUACUUCACUUACUAGGUGAUCCCUCGUCUAACUCAUUUACAUUGCCAUGUACCCCUAUUAUUGUGAAACAGAAGUUGAAAAAUGAUUAUUUAUCUCAGUCAUCAGCCCAUAAAGAACUUCUUGGUCAGUCAUUAAUAUUGUCAGUUGCUUUUACAGAUCUUUGUAUUAAGAGAAAUCCAGCUAGUUUAAAAGCUGUUAUACCUGGUAAACGGUAAAAUUUGUAUAAAAUAAAUUUUUUGAAGUA